AUGAUGAAUCGCCAUUAAAGAUACAUAACUAGAGGAGAAUAUUUCAUAGUCGAAAUCUUAGAAGUCAAAAUGCUAUCAUCAGUAAGUGAUCAGUUGAAUUCCUCUUAAGAAUUUGGAAAAUAAUAUUACAAGCGGUAUAUACAUGAUAAUAAUAAAGAUUUGAUUACAAGACAAUAGAAAGCGAAGGAUAGAUAUCUUCCUAUCGAUCAAUCUAAAUAAUAGACUUUCAAGGAAAAAUUCAAAAAGUAUAUGGUCCUGUUGGAUAAUUAUGAUGAGAAGCAAAUCAAGGCAAGAGAAACAGGAUUUUAAACUGUCCUUGAUGAUCCCGAUUAGACUUUAUACGGUCCUAAUAGAAAGAAAAACUUUUUAAAGCAUUAUGAAGAAUCAAAUUAAAACUAAGAAUUAUCUCAUGCUUUGUUCUUAAAUGAGAAUAGCAGUUCAAACUUUAAAUACUAGCCUGAAGAAUCACAGUAAAUGAUUGAUGAUUAAAAGAAAAGAAUUGCAUUAGAUCCAUUAAAAGUAUUUCUGAACAAAGAAAUUAAACGAGAGUUGUUUUCAAUUAAAGCUUAAACUAGUUCAAAUCUGAAAACAAGGAUUUAUGAGACUCAAUAUUCCCCGUCAGCUAGGCUUUUUAAUAUUCCUUAAUUUAAUAAUAAUUAUAAAAUGAAAGAAGGUGUUUCAAGAUCUAAUCAUAAUAAUUCUUAACUUAACAAUGACCAAGCUAUUACUCAAACUUUAGCAUCAACUAUGACUUCAAAUAAAAAGUUUCAAUCAGUGACAAAGAUUUAAAAGCCAACUCCUGAUUAAGCUAAACUAGAUAAUAGUCCAAUAUUAAGAAAGAGUUCUAACAAUAACCUAAAUUAAGAUUACAUUUCUAAUGGACAUUAAUAACGCAUAGCUCUGAUGUAAACCAAGUAUGGUUUUAAUCCUAAUUAGAUUUAAACAGCAAAGAAUUCAACUAGUAAAACGCUUAAUCUCCUAGCAAAGUCGACUGGUUAACCAGUGACGAUAAGUGAAAUAUAUAAAUCAGGAGACAGAAAUAUUUUCGAGUUACUAAAACAGAAAACUACAUAAAUGAGUCAAAAUCAAAAUGAUAAUUCCUCUCCAAGCCAGCCAGUAGCUAAGAAGUAAUUAGAGGAUAUGCAGUUCCAUUUGCUAAAAGAUAAAUUCCUAAAUGGAGAGAUCAAAAUGGACUUCAAGUCUAAUUUAAUAAAGCGUCGAUUCAUGUAGGGUAAUGGAAGUCAGAAUCUUUAAAAUCAGAUGAGAUUUAGCGUUUAAAAUUCAUAAAUAGGAGAAGUAUUAUAAGAAGAUAAUAAGUCGUAGCUAGAGCAUAUCAUUGAGUAAACUGGGUUUAAAAAUCUAUCAAAUGGAGAGGAGAUUCCUUAAUAAACCACAACUAAAAAGAAAAAAAAGAAGAAGAUUAAUAUCACAUAAUUGAGCAUUCUUCCUCCGAGUUAUUAAGCUGAAGAAGCAAUUCUUGAUGAUAGCAGUAAAACUCCGUCUUAGGAUUAAAUUGGGAAUAAGGUGUUUCAAACAGACUUGUUCAACAUAGAUCUUGAAAAUGAUAAUGAUGGUUUAGAAUUUAGAGAAAUAGAAGAUGACGAACUCAAGUCCGAUUUCGAUGAGACCAAAGGACUAGGAAGGCCAAGUAUAGACUCAUUUACCAAAGAUGAGGUAGAAGUUAAUUUUGACGAAUAGAAUGAACUCUUGUUAUUAUGA